AUGUUACCUCUAACAAAUAGCACCAAUGUGCUGCCGUAUAUGUUUGCACAUUUUUUGCUUGUUCUGAAUUACGAAUAUUAUAGAACGGACGGUGCUGUGGGUCGCGUUUCGACAAAUGCUGAAAAACCAACAUGUGGCACAUAUCGCGCGUCGCCACAUCAAACACCGAAACUACCUCCAGACCCACCAGAUGUGUACGAGAUAAGUCCGUAUGCGACAUUUGCCGGUGUACCUGGUGCGAUGUCAGGCGGAUCGCGCGCGUACACGCUACAACUACGUGCGCUCGCGCGUCACGACGACGACGCGGCACCCCCACACCAGCCGUGUUGUGAUGCGACGGCGCAGGCGCCGGCGACACUACUGCCCUGA